GCUUCAAUGGGUCGUUUAAGCGUCAAGUUAAAAGCUAAAAAACGGCAUGAGAUUGAUCGUCUCGUGAACUUUGUGGAAUUGCUGAACUUGGGACGAUCUUUUCAUUCUAUCGUCGACAUCGGUGCGGGUAUAGGUCACCUUUCUCGUAUACUUUCCUUCUCACUUCCUGGUUGUUCGAUAAUCGCUGUGGAGAAGGAAAAUGACGUGGGUUUCUACAUGAUUUUACUUCGAGUUCUAUCUUUGCUAAUUGAACAAAACUCCAGUUGGUUGAAAAAUCUGUACUUCUUAACGAGAGACUUCGCUUUUACUAUUUCAGAUCAGAGGGCACUAGUCAUUGGUCUUCAUUCCUGUGGUGAUCUGUCAUCUUCCAUUCUUCGACUAUUUGUAGAGUCACAAAAUGUGGUUGCUUUGAUACUUUUUGGAUGUUGCUACCAUAAACUAAGUGUCAUUGAUGGGGAACAAAACGACUUUAGUGAGGCUUUCGGAUUCCCUUUAAGUUCAAAAUAUAGCGAACUAUGCUUUUCGCGUUGUGCUCUUGAUCUGGCUUGCCACAGUAAUGAAAACUACGUCAUGCAGCUAUUGACUAAGAUUGCAAAUGACGACAAUGCCAGCACACUGAUCAGUUCGGUGGACGAUGAAUGGCGACGCCUUUUGGUGGUGCAUUGCAUCCGUCUACUCUUUGCUCCCAUCGUUGAGCAUGUUAUCAUUGAGGAUCGGGUACAAUUCCUCCGCGAGCGUGGACAUUCAGUAUUUGUCGUUCCUCUGUUCGAUCCGAAGAUCUCGCCAAGAAACCUUGCUAUUGUUGCGUUUAAGAAUUUUUGCGAUGAUUGUUAA